CCAUUUUAUUCUCCCACAAUAUUCCUUUCCCCUCUCCUUUUUCAUUCCAAUUUCUCAUCCCUCUAAUCUUUCCCCCAAAUCAUCACAGUUCCUCUUCUCUCCCUGAACCCUAUAAUCAUCUAUCUAUCUCCGUCGCACACGGCGGUAAUCGUGGUUCCUUUCCCUCUUCCUCAGAUUCGCCGCCUCCCUGAUCCACCUCUUUCUUUACCAUAUCAACCACCACCCCUAACCAUACCUACCUUUUUUUUUAUUUAUUUAUCUUUUUUUUAUAAUUAUUCCAAUUUAUUUAUAUUUGAUUUCCGUUGUCGCUUUCAUUAUCUUCAACAGUUGUUUUUCCUAUUUAUUUUUAAUGUCCAACUCCAAACCCAUCUCUUGUGGACCCGGUUUUUGAAUUUCAUUCCUCGGAUUCACUACUUUACUAUUUUACCCUUCAAAGCUACUUCGACCCAUGAUGAUGAGUCAGAGUCAGAGUCACCAUUCCCGUAGGAUGUUGCCACCUGUCAACACGAGAAAGCGCAAACACAAUGAAGCCGAUAAGCCUGAUAAGCUGGAUAAGCCGAUAGCUUCCAACAAGCUUCUAGCCGGCUAUCUAGCUCACGAAUUCUUGACGAAAGGGACUUUGCUUGGACAGAAGUUUGAUCCUGAGCUAACCCGAGCCAGUAUUUAUCCCGGCUCGCGAGCCGAAGCUUCAGAUGUGAGGAAGGAGCAUGAGAGUUACGGUGAGGUAGCAAGCAUAAUGAAGAUGGAUGGGACCCACAUAAAGGGAAUUGUGAACCCCACACAGCUCUCCCAGUGGAUUCGUAUGUAAGAUUUUGAUGACGUGGACUGGACGAGGAUGUUUUACCGUAUUUUGCGGUGUUAAGCAGGUUAGUUGCAUGGACAAGAAUGAAUGUUAUGUAGAUUCAUCGUCCCUCAUGGGUUUUUUCUUGUUCUUUGUUCUUGCUGGUACAUUUGUUUUUUGUUGUCAAAUUACUAUCUCUUAAUAUGGAUGGAUAAGAUUAUCUAAAGUGCUGGUGUAUUAUGUUAUUGAUGAAAAUUUGAAUAC